CUGGGAAGUGUGGCAGAGGCAACAAUGGGAAAGGGCAGCCUAACUUCCCAGGAGUUUCUGGUUUCUGCUGAUUAUUGAGGCCUAGGACGGCACCCCCAACAAAAUUCAGACCUGACAAUGUCCCUGUAUUGUGGAAUUGCUUGCAGGAGAAAACCUUUCUGGUGUUACAGGCUGCUGUCAACCUACGUUACUAAGACCCGGUAUUUAUUUGAACUGAAGGAAGACAAUGACGCAUGUAAAAAAGCCCAGCAGACAGGAGCAUUUUACCUCUUCCAUGGCCUGGCGCCUUUGCUUCAGAAAUCAGAACAUCAAUACCUGCCCCCCAAGUAUAACCUAGCAGAGUUGGAAAGGCUCCUGGGUAAGUUUGGACAGGACGCACAAAGAAUAGAAGAUUCUGUGCUGAUUGGAUGCUCCGAAAAUCAUGAAGCAUGGUUUGCUCUGAACCUAAAUAGCUCCUCUUCCACAAAUGCUUCCUUACAGAAACUGGAAAUGGAGAGAGAGCUCCAGGGGUCUUUCACUGAGUUGAGGAAGGCUCUCUUUUGGCUGAAUGUGAAGGACGCCUCCUUGCUAUCCACGGCUCAGGCUCUCCUCCGUUGGCAUGAGGCUCAUCAGUUCUGCAGCAGAUGUGGGCAGCCCACCAAGAAGAACGUGGCUGGCAGCAAGCGUGUGUGUCCUGCCAGUAAGAGCAUCUAUUACCCACAGAUGGCUCCGGUGGUGAUCACUCUGGUGUCGGACGGGACCCGAUGCCUGCUUGCCCGCCAGAGUUCCUUUCCCAAGGGAAUGUAUUCUGCCUUGGCAGGGUUUUGUGAUAUAGGUGAAAGUCUGGAAGAGGCUGUCCGGCGAGAAGUUGCAGAAGAGGUGGGACUGGAAGUAGAAAGACUGCAGUACUCUGCAUCCCAGCACUGGCCCUUUCCGAAUAGCUCACUCAUGAUUGCUUGUCAUGCAACUGUGAAACCCGGGCAGACAGAGAUCCAGGUGAAUUUGAGAGAACUAGAAGCAGCUGACUGGUUUAGUCAUGAUGAGGUGGUCACAGCCCUGAGGAGAAACGACCCAUAUACUCAGCAACAGAAUGGGACUGUCCCGUUCUGGUUGCCCCCCAAGUUAGCCAUCGCCCACCACCUGAUUAAGGAGUGGGUGGAAAAACCGACCUGUUCUACCCUGCCUGCUUAGCGCAAUCAGGCCACGUAGAUCCCUCCUCAGUACCCCAGAAGCACGUAUCAGCCAUCAGUUGAUAAAGGGGAGGUGACAAAAGGCCAUCUCCAGGCAGAAGAUGAGCGAGUCUACAGCAAGACACCUCUACCAGCAAUGUUAAUGAAAGAAGUGCCUACUCACAGGCAAUCGAAAAUGCCAGUGUAAGAAGAAAAACUGAUGAGAUGACAAUUGUCAAAAUCAGAGGGAGGGCUGAGCAUUAGUUUGGAUGUAGGCUUGUUUGCCCAUUUUCUCCUAGGCCUGGGACGCAAACAUCUUUUGGCAUGUGGCCUGUUAAUGCUGGGUUUAUACUAACUGCCAAAAUGUGCCUGGUACCAUUUUGGUUAAAACUUUUAUCUUAGUACUGAAAAUAUGUAGCAAAUCUCAAACCACUGAGUUACUUUUUAUCCCCAGAGAAUUAAGAAAAAUAGCACAACAUAACAUUUUGAAUCCAUGCACAGGUAAUUAUUUUGUACAUGGUGGUUAAAUAAGUCAUAUUUCUUUAAGUCAUCUGAAAGGAUGAGGAAAGUGGGAGCUACAGUAUUCUUCAGAUGCAGUGAUGGUCUUUUGAGGUAACUGCAUCCCACUGGGGCCCAAGAUGGUCAGUCUUUUUAGUUGUUACUUGCUCAAUUUGUAAAUCAAGGAAAAGAUAAUCACUUUGCCAUUCUUGUUUUCCUGAAUGUAAAAUGGUUGCUGCCAUUGGCACAUCCAGUAAAUGUUGUAACUUCAACUAAAGGAUUAGUGAGGAUGAACCACUUCUUGAGUUUUAUGGGUUACACUAAAUUUAGGAUUUCUUAUCAUUCAUAUAUGUCAUUCUGUACCUUGUCAUAAGGGAAAAUUUAUCUGAAGGAAAUAAAUUUGCACACCUUUGUUCAGAUGUGUUUUUCUGUCUUAUGAAGUGAGGAAACAGCAGAAAGUGAGAAUUUGGAGGGGGAGGCGAGAAAAAAAAUCUAUUGGUGUGACAAACAUUUAAGUCCAGGUGCCAAUUCUGAGAACAACUGAAGCAAUGUGCAGAAGAAAUACUGUUAGAGGUCAGUUUGAAAAGAUGAAUGGCUGGGGAAAGUUGUAUUGUCAGAUAAUCUUAGGCACUAACUUGUGAUUAAAAACACAAAUGCUAGAGAGCCUAAGAUUAUUCACACAUCAAGGUCCUAUAGGACUAAGCAAAAGAGAUUCUAGAACUAGAAAAGUUGAAGCACUGAAUUUCCUUUUGAUCCCAAAAGGUCACUGCUCUCAUUCUUGCCAGCAAACCAUCAUUGCUUUGGGGGAAAUCGAAGUGCCUUCAUCAGGAAAUGUUGAGGGAUACGUAGUAUGUGAUGGGACUUGACUGUCCUGUUAAAUUGGCAGCUUGCCCUGGCCUGAGCUGAACCCACGUAGAAGGGAAAAGCACUCAAAAUAGAGGUCCUGAGAUUUCUUCAUAUCUUGCAGUUAGAAGAAAACAGUUCAGGGUCCAUGUGUAUUACCGUCUCCCAAUCUUUUCUAUCUCUAUGUGGGUGUGUUUGUGAGCACAUGUGUACACAUCCCCAAUCUGAAAAUACAGAUAGAAAGGAGUGUGUGGGAUUCCUGUUUAUGAGUUUCUCAAAUUUACCGUGGAGUAACUGUUUGCUUUUGGAUUAAUGUGUUGUUUUAGAAAAGAAAAGAUGAGAGUGGCUGACGGGAGGACCUGUGACACUGAACUUUGUUUUGCAGCAGUGAGUGGGAAGAGGGCUUUGUUUUUUAGAACUCCAAGGAUAUUUGAAAGCUGAGGCAAAAGAGGACAUGAUUGGGGUGCUGAAAAUGGCAGAUAAAUAAAAAAAACUUUGGUACAGGGCUUACCUUGCUGGAGAAUAUUUAUGUAGCAAUGAGUUAUGAAGGUGCUAAGGAUAAAAAGAACCCACUGGGUCCAUGAAGUGGAAUAGUAAAAACAGAUAAAACAUUAAGACAAAUGUAUUUGUCACUAGAGUGAGCCUGGCUCAAGGUCAUUCCUGGUAACUGGAAAAAAACAGCAACUCAUUCAUUCCUUAU